AUGCAGGAGUACAUGUAUAAUGUCACUUUACUACAUCAGCUUGUCGGAAAGCUACCACCGUCGCUUAAACUCAACUGGGCACAGCAUCGUCGAACGCUGUCAACGGUCAACCUGGCGACCUUCAGUGAGUGGAUUUAUGGCUUGGCGGAAGCAGUGAGUGUUGUUGUAUUCCCCUUGGCGGUUCAAGACGAGAAGCCAACUCGAAAUGCACACGGGAAUAAGAAAGGAAACACGUACCUUAACGCCCAUUCUGAAACCUUUCAUCCUAAAAAGAAUUACAGCAGCGACUUCGAAGAACCACCUACGGCAGAAUCAUCAUCGUACCAGGAAGCCUGCCCAAUCUGCAGGAGAAGUUGCAAGUCGGCUGAUAAGUGCAAUCGUUUUCUGGAGCUCUCUAGAGAAUCGCGUUGGGCCGCCGUAAGGGAAUUUGGCUACUGCCGUACAUGUCUGCGCAUCCAUAAAGGAUACUGCAAAGCGAAACCGUGUGGCAAAGACGGAUGCACCUACCGGCACCACGAGCUGCUGCACAACGAUUCGAAGGACAAGCCGAAAAGCACCGGAACUACGGCCAGGCGUGAGCAAUCUCCGCAACCCAGCACUAGCAAGUCUAGAUGCAACACCCAUCAGACAACCGUCAGCUCAGUAUUGUUCCGUUAUCUCCCAGUAGUGUUGUACGGAAACAAGAGAGCAAUACGCACGUAUGCAUUCUUAGAUGAAGGUUCUGCAUUAACGCUGCUCGAUCAGGAGCUUGCUAACGAGCCUCAGCUUGAUGGCACUGUAAGCCCUCUGUGUCUCCGGUGGACUGGAGGAACUGAACGACACGAGGCGGAUUCUCGCAUCUAUAAUCUUCACAUUGGUGGUGUUAAGAACGAAAGCAAGAAAUUCCACUUGAGUGACGUGAGGACGGUGAAAGAGCUACUGUUGCCCCAGCAAACGAUGGACAUGGCUGAGUUGUCACAGUUGUAUCCACACCUCCAAGAUCUGCCGAUCGAAUCUUAUCGCGACGCUCGUCCACGCAUUCUUAUAGGGAUGAAGCACGCCAAGCUCAGUCUUGGCCUGAAAAAUCGUGAAGGGGGAAUCGGUCAACCAAUCGCUAUAAAGACGCGCCUCUUUUGGACGGUAUGUGGAGGAUGGGGUUCCGGGAACGACGCCAACCUACACCAUUACACCUUCCACGUAUUCCCCUGUAGUGUUAAGUCAGACGAGGACUUACACCAGGCUAUGAAGGACUACUUUUCAUUAGACAGUCUCGGGGUGACUAAAUCGGAGAAGGUGCUUUUAUCCGUUGAAGAUGAACGAGCAUUUUUAUUGCUUCAGUCGCUGACCCGUCGUAAAGAUAAUCGAUACGAGUCCGGAUUGCUGUGGCGAUACAAUGACACCCGAUUGCCAGACAGUAGAUCAAUGGCGCUGCGUCAAUUGCAGUGCCUAAAGAAACGGAUGGAGAAAGACCCGGAAAUGUCAAAGAUCCUGCAAUCAAAGAUAACCGAGUAUGUGGAGAAGGAGUACAUCCGGAAGCUUACAGACGAAGAAAUCAACCAGAAGAUUCCACGACGCUGGUAUUUGCCAAUUUUUCCCGUUACCAACCCAAAUAAACCUGGGAAGGGGCGAAUUGUGUAG